CACAGACAUCACCAUGCCAACCUCAUGACCAAUGUCCUUGGGGAUCAAGUCAAUAUGGAGGACUCGGUACACCGGCACGCCUGGAGUUUCUCUCCUUUGGAGAGCGGGCGCCCGCUCCAGAGCACCGGUGCUGGCGUACUCGACAUCCCGAUCCGCCGCCGCGACUGAGCCCCGAUCCCCAACUGCGCCGGGGCCCGCCGUCGACAUCGAGCCGCAAUCGCAGCUACGAGCCGAGAUUGUACAGUCGAACCAUUCCCGAAACCAGUUCCUUCGCAACGCCUUUCGUGCGGAGACGCCGACCAUCGAGGAGGCUGUUUCGCGCAAGCUCGUCAGCUCGCCAUUUGUGCCCAUGGCAAGGGAUUACCCGUCGCGCGCGGCCGUCAAGCACAGCCUGGCGUGGUGUCGUAAGAUUGCGAGGGUCCAAGUCGGGUUCGACAUCAUAUGGCAGCAAUAUGGGUCCAAUACCCCGAGCUGGACGGACACAUUCAACCUGCUCAAGAAGAUGACGCCCAAGAGGAGUGAGGACCCAAACAUGGCAGCGGUGCGCAUCGUGCUACCCAAGUCGUGGGAUCUUGCCGUCGGCGCUAAGAAGAUUGAGUUUGUGGACUCGACGACCGGGCUCGCGGCCAAGCUGCGCGUCUCGGCGGACCACCAGAACCCCUCGGCCAUUGUGCUGCGGGGCCAGAGCUCGGUGUUGGCCAAGGCGGUUGACGAGCUGAUUUCGGCGUGCGAGGACGUCGAGGUCUUCGAGCUCGGCGAGGUCGCGUCCUUUGACUACGAGAUGAAGCGCCUGUGGCCCGCGAUCGAGGAUGCGCCCGACGGGGGCUCGUCGCUGCCGGCGGGCAAGCUGGACAGCAUCUGGGUGCACAAGGAGCUCCAGACGUAUUGGAUCGACAAGCCGUACGAGCAAACACCUCGGCCCACGUGUUGGACCAAGGAAACGUUCGAGUCCUACAUCACGGCGCUUGUCUGCGGCCGUCUGCGGUCCCAUCUCGCCAUGCCCUUCUACAAGCAGGCCCGGAGGGACGGCAACCUCAUCGACACCGACGGCAUCAGAAUCAGCCUCAUUCUCAAAGCGUUCGAAGAUCCGGCGGCUAAGGACUGCGUGACCCCCUCCGUUCUGAAGAUGGCCAUGGCGUUCAUGGCUCACCGGGGCGGUCACCGAGCCUCAGCCGACCGCCUUUUCACUCUGGCGGAGGAGUGGGGCUUGCCCCUGGAUACGGAUGCGUUCAACGUCAUGCUGGAUGGCUACGUCUCGAAGCGCGACGUGACAUUCUUCCACAAGUUCCUCCAGAAGAUGGAGGCGCGGUACUUUCACCCCAACGCGAGAACGUGGCUGCUCUUCCUCAAGCUGGUGCAGAGAGACGACGAGAGGAGGCAGAUCAUCGUGGCCAUGUACGACCUCGGCCUGUUCGAGGACCCCGCGACGCGGCGCGGCAUCGCGGAAACCAUGGCGGGGUACGACUCGUACGCGGCGUUCAAGGCCGGGAAGAAGCUCGACAUGUUCAUGGCGGACCAGACAAUGCGCUACGGCGAGGACUGGUUCACGGUGGGCGCACUCAAUCUCAUCUUGAAGGAGUUCUUCCGGUUCCACGGCAGCGACAGCUCCCGAUUCGGCGACUUCAAGUCCCUCAUAGAGCGGCAAUCCGAGGACGGGCGUAGGGUCGACAUCAGCACCAUCAACCUCAUCCUAGAAUACUGCGCCGAGGCGCGGGACUGGAAGACGGCGCUGUGGGCCCUAUCACGCAUGGCGCCGUUCAGCUGUGAGCCUGAUCACCGCACGUACCAGCUGCUCAUCGCGCUCGCGGCCAACGCGCAGAGCCCCAACGCGCUCGGCGUCGCCUUUUUCUACGGCGUCAUCGACCGCAAGCUGCGGGCCCCCGCGCGCAAGACCAUGAGGCACGUGCUGCUCGACCAGAACCCCGCGUCGUUCUGGUCCCGCUUGCGGCCCAGCGUCUUCUCCCGCAGGAUGGCCCGCACGCUCGAGAACAGCCCGGUCGGCCGCCCGGACAACGUCGUCGCCGGCAUCGAGUGGGCCAUCCUCGGCGUCUGCGACGGGUACAGGCCCGCCCGGCCCCUCGCCUCGGCGCUCGACGUCGCGUUCCGCACCAUGGACCGCCCGCUGCACUGGCAGUUGAAACAGCGUCGCGAGCCGGGCGCCCGCCUGGAGGUCAGGGACUUUGCUGCCCGGCUCGUCGAUCCCAAGGGUGCGCGACCAGCCAUGAUGGUGCAUCUGGACGCGCGCUUCACCCCGGAGACGAUGCUUCGCGACUGGUACGCCGCCGCCGCCACCUCCUCUCUUGCCGCCCUCUCACCCGUAUGAUCGUGAUGAAACGACGACCCCGGCGGCAUCACCCAGCCCACUGCGCCGUCUCUUACCGAGGGAGGCCUGAGCGAGUGGUACAAAGUACCCCGUCAUGGUGGUGGUGCAAGCCAGCGAGCCGAAUAAUCUGGUCAUUCGUACUGGGUCCUGUAACAAAAAGCGACCUCUUAUGUACAAUACACACGAUAUCAAUCACCGAUAGAUAGACGAUACCCCCUCCCAGCAUGCACCCUUAGAACUUGACCAACACACACAUACACACACACACACCUCUAGAACAGAAAACAUUUUGAAAAAGGUUCAAUCGCGCGAGAAUAUAGUGCAAACUUCCAGGACUCAAGGGAAAAGAUAGAAAACAGAAGAGUGACGUGGACCUUGCAUGAUGAAGGGGAUCCGAAGGGGGACCGGCCGCCUCGACCGAGGCCGGAUACAUGCAUCGAAGCGGGGUGUUGUUGGAGUGAGGCAGGGAGUUCACUCAUGUACUUUACUUUGCUAUCCCAAAAGGGGCGCGCGGGGCGGGGACGACGAGACGCAUCGCGAGAACAGAAUUCAUGAAAGCGCAAAACGGGGGGGAUAUAUGUUACCACUGGCAGAGCCCAUCCAUCCAUCCAUCCAUCCCAUCCCAUC